GGGCAGGGGCGCCACUUAACUGGGGUCAUAAAGCUAAAAUGAAAUCCGGGAGGUUUGGGUGAAACUGUUGAGCACGGGCUGUGAGAGGUGGCAGUUUUCUGUCCCCACAGUAACUGAGGGUGCUGUGGUUUUGGUUAGGCUGUGUCUGUAACCGGGGUCCUGUCAGGCAAAUUGUUAACCAGACCCUGAUAUGAGUUUGGAUCCACAUCUCAAGUCAGUUUAUUGAGGAGAUGCAGGGAACAAGGCAUCGGCCAACAUACUUCUGAACUGGUGGAUGCAGUGGUCAGAGAGAAAGGUAUUGCUUUAACAGCAGGAACACAACCCAUACACUGUCAUCUCACACACUUGUGUGCCUUGUAAUGCUGCUGCACCUUGUUUACUUCAAUAUUCCCGUGUCAUUCUCGUCCGUAUUAAUCCCCAUCCCUAUUUGUGACAUCCAGAAUUUCCUCCUCUCUUUGGUUUUAUCUUUUCCGGUAACUAAAGCUAGACUGUAGCUCCUGCCAUGGUAAUAAGGCAGCAGCCUUGCAACUGCUGCUCCUUUCUGUGUGGCUGUGACUGGUUCCAUCCUCGCAGUUGGGUUUUUAGGCCUCUAAGAAAGUCCUGGUUUUAGAUUUAGCAGGUGAUAACGAUUUUACUGCCCUGAGCCUCUGUGCGUUUACCUGGUGCUUUGUUCCUUGCUGUGAACCCGUCUGCUCUGAGCAGAGUCAGGGAUUCAGACACACAGGGUGACCCGAUACCAGGGUUGGAGCUGCAGUGGCUCAGUAGAGCCUCCAUGUCCAAGCAUGGUUCUACCUCCCGCACACGAUGCUUGGGGCCUUUUCGCUCGGUGGCAUUGCCUGUGAUGUCCCGGUCCUGUCCCAUCUCACGGGGCAUGGGGCAGAGCCUGCUGAGCCCCCUGCCCUUCAAGUGAAUCGCAGAGUGGGUCCCGUUCUUGUCCCAGUACUGUCCCAUCUCACGGGGCGCAGGGCAGAGCCUGCUGAGCCCGCUGCCCUUCAAGCAAAUUCAAGUGGGUCCCAUCCCAGUCUUGUCCCAGUCUCCUUCCUGUCCCGUUCUUGUCCUGUCCCGUUCCCAUCCCAGUCCCAUUCCCAUCCUGUUCCUAUUGCCGUUCUGGUCCCAGUCCCGUUUCUGUCCCGUUCUCAUCCCAGUCCCGUCUUGUUCCCAUUGCCAUUCUUGUCCCAGUCCUGUCCCAUUCCCAUCCCAUUGCCAUCCCAGCCCUCUCCCGUCCCCAUCCCGCCGCCCCUCAGUCCCAUUCUCUCUCCGCACGCUCGGGGGGCUCCGUGGGGCUCUCGGGGCGGCGGCGGCGGUCCCGGUGGGCGCGGGGCGGCGGCGGCAGGCUCACACACACACUCACACACACUCACACACACACGGAGGAGGAGGAGGAGGAGAAGCCGCCGCGCCUUAGGACCGUGACCGCCCCCCCCCGCCGCAGCCCGGGCCGCCGGGCUCCAUGGUGAGGAGGAAGAGGAGCCCCGCCGGGCCCCCGGAGCCGCGGAAGGGGAUGACAGUGAAACUGGGAGAGAGCGGCGCCGAGGAAGGGGUGAAGAAGCUGGGCAAGAGAACAGGAGGAGAUGAGGAGUCCCUGGAAGAAGAAGGGGCAGGAGGAGGAGGAGGAGGAGAAGAGGCAGGUCCAGGCAGCAGCAGCACAAAGAAAGAGGAGAAGAUUCUCAACAGCAACGCUUCGGGCAGCCCCCCGGCGAACCCCGGCUUGUCGCAGCCCUCCGCCGCCCUCCAGCCCUCCCACAGCCAGGACCAGCAUCAUUUUCUCCGCUCCAGCGUCAGACCUCAGAGCAAGAGGUUGAAGAAGGACUCGCAGGCAUCCUCCUCGGUUGGCAGCGGCGCUGCUGCCAAAGGCAAAGCAGUGGAUAAUGGAGGGACUACAUCUGGUGGCCCAUCAGGAAUUCCUCCCAGCAAUCCUGCUGGGAAUUCCAAGUCAGCAGCAAGGAACUUGGGCUCCUCGGCUGGAGAGAAGGAGGAAGGAAAGAAGGUCAGACGGCAGUGGGAGUCAUGGAGCACAGAGGACAAAAACACUUUCUUCGAGGGACUGUAUGAGCAUGGGAAGGAUUUUGAAGCUAUCCAGAACAACAUUGCCCUGAAAUACAAGAAGAAAGGCAAACCAGCAAGCAUGGUGAAGAACAAGGAGCAGGUCCGCCACUUCUACUACCGCACCUGGCACAAGAUCUCCAAGUACAUUGACUUUGAUAACGUGUUUUUUCAAGGGCUGAAAAAAUCCUCCCUGGAGCUGUAUGGCUUGAUCUGCUAUGGGGAACUGAGGAAGAAGAUUGGGGGAUGUAUGGAUGACAAGAAUGCCGCGAAACUCAAUGAGCUCAUCCAGGCAGGGGCUACAACUGUUCGUUACAAAGGCAGAAACCUUCGUAUCAAAGCUCCAAUGUGCAGGGCUUUGAAGAAACUUUGUGAUCCAGAUGGCAUUAGUGAUGAAGAGGACCAGAAGCCAGUACGUCUUCCUCUUAAGGUUCCUGUGGAGUUGCAGCCACGAAAUAAUCACGCAUGGGCUCGAGUACAGAGUCUUGCCCAGAAUCCACGGCUUAGGAUGAUUGUGGAGUUACAUCGGAAGGUCUCGAGCCUCAUUGAGUUCUUGAAGCAGAAGUGGGCUCUUCAUGAAGUGCGUAUUCGUAAAACACUAGAAGAACGGCAGCUUCAGGACUCCAGAGACUCCGAAACAAGAGGCAGUUUCACAGAGGAGAAAGUGAUGCUCCAUCUGUUUCCAGGAGAGAACUGUACGCUUACUCCGCUGCCUGGGGUGGCCAGAGUUGUCCACUCCAAGGCUUUCUGCACAGUGCACUGGCAGGAAACUGGGAAAUGCAAACAGAACACAAAAGACACUCACUUACUGCCCCCUGCACAAAUCUUAGGCAUACAGAGUGGCCAGGGGACAGCUAGGGGACAGCUAAAAUACACACGAGGAACAGAAGGUAAGGGUGUUGGAAGGGUAGAGAGCACUGCAGAGUCCAGCAGAAGCUCUCAACCCACAGCUGAAGUUUCUGCGAGCACUGAAGAUGGUGCCCUGGAGCCCAGCCUGGUGGAAGGAACAGCCUCAAACCUUGGCAUCACUAAUUCUCUCCAAAAGCCAACUUCUGGAUUUCAGGAUCCAGGAGGGAACCAUGAGAAGUUGAGCUCAGUGGCCUUCUGUGUGGAGGGCAGAGAGGCCCUGGCUAGUGACCAAGCAACUGUGCUACCAUCGUGCAGCACAGCCUGUGCUUGCAGUAAGAUCCCUGAUGUGGAGGAACUCUCUCUGCUCGAUCCAUUCCCACGGUACAUGAAGUCCUGUCAGGACCUGAUCGUCCCGGAGAAAUGUUCUUGCACAGGCAGACUGCAUGGGAAAGACUCUGCUCUAGCAGGUGGUGAUACUUCUCCGGUGGCUUUUCCAAGCAGGAGCAGCACGGAGACAUCUGACUCCUAUUCACAGCUACCGAGAGGUGGUGUGGCUUCACCUGGCGGUGGCCCAUCCAGAUGUGAAACUCAGGCUAGCCAUAGCCAAGGCCAGCAGCCUGAUGCUUGUACCAAGGAUACCACGGAUGCAGUAAUGGAGGAUUCUCAAGAGAAGCUGGGCUCCUCUUUUCCUCCUCCACCUCAGGGACAAUCUAGUACAAAGUCUCUCAAGGAUGACCCAGGCCGGCUCUCUCAACAGGUUAGAGAAGAAGGAUGGAGUCUACGAACUUCUGAGAGCCUUACGCUGGCUGAAGUCUACCUCAUGAUGGGCAAACCGAACAAGUUGCAGCUGGAAUAUGACUGGUUGGCUGUCUUGGAGCCAGAAACCCCGGAUGCUAAGGAGCAAACAUCUGAAUCCAAUGCUGUUCCUGCAUGUACCACCUUGCACAAACAGAGACUCCUGAACUGCCUUUUAAAACUCAUCUCCACUGAAGUCAAUCCCAAACCAACUCCCGAGAUGAGCUCCGUUGCCACGUCACCUAUAAAGCCUGCUCAAGAGGAGCAGUCGCUGACUCCUCCAGGAAAGGUGAUCGCCGUCAGCAGCCGGAGUCCAAGCUGUGCGCGAAAUCAAUCUGCCCUUCGCAACAAGACUCUUUCUCCUGGUGCUGCCUCCAGCUCCUCAGGUUUGAGAAACCUCCCUAGACCUCUCUUGGUGGCUGGUCCUUCAAGUUCUGGAAGCGCUGAUGGGGACGGUGGACUCUUUGCAGUUCCUACAACUCUACCGCCCAACAGCCGCCAUGGGAAGCUGUUCUUGCCCAGCAAAGAAGCAGAGCUGAGCUUCCGGCAGCACUUGGACACCAUCAGUAUGCAGUCGGACUUCUUCUUGCCAAAGCCAAGGAAGUUACGGAACAGGCACUUGCGGAAGCCAUUAGUAGUACAGAGAACACUGCUCCCCAGGCCAUCUGGAAAUCCGUCCCAACAUGUCUGUUCCUUUUCUAUCUUAUCCAACUCGUCCAUCACAGGGAGAGGCUCAUUUCGGCCAAUCCAGUCCUCGUUGACUAAAGCUGCUGUCUCUCGUCCAAUUGUGCCCAAAGUUCUUCCAGCGCAGGCCACCAGCCACCUCUCUAGUGCUAUCGACUUGGCAGCUAAAAGCGCUGGCAUUAUCCCAGGUAGCCCCGUGCCUGUCCUGGAUGCGGAUGGUUUGUCAGGUGUGUCUCCACUGUCACCAGACGGCGUGACCACUGUGGUGACAGCGCAAGAGUCAACAGUAGCGCAUCAGAAUGGAGGCUCCAUCACCACGGUAGAGGGCUCAGGCUCUGGGUGUCGGGUUCCAUUCAUCAGCCUCCCAACACGACAUGAGCAGGAAGUGGUUCCUGAUGGCUUCCAGGGCACACCGGUCCUUUCCCUGUCAGAACUGUCCAAGACUCCCAUCCAGAAUGGUCUGUCCACCCCUCCGCUUUCCUCAUCAGAGGCUUCCAGCACCCGUCUCUCUCCUCCCAAUGUUUCUGCUCUCUUGGAUAUUUCUCUGCCUGGCCCGCCUGAAGAUGUGCUCUCUCAAGGAGAACCUGCCACUCAGAUCAGUGACUCCAUCAUCGAAAUCGCCAUCAGCUCUGGGCAAUACAGUGAAGGUGUUUCUCUCUCUCCUGCAAAGCUGAACGGCAGUGACAGCUCCAAAAGUCUUCCGUCCCCAUCCAGUAGUCCUCAACAGAACUGGAUUGCCUCUCCCAGCCAUGACCCGCAGUGGUACCCCAAUGACUCCACAGACUCCUCUCUCAGCAGUUUGUUUUCAAGUUUCAUCUCCCCCGAGAAGGGACGGAAGAUGUUGCCAACUCCUGUUGGGACAACCAGCGGCACUUCGUUACUGGGACCCAGCCUUCUGGAUGGCAACUCUCGGGACUCUUUUGUGUCGCGGUCUCUGGCAGAUGUGGCAGAGGUGGUGGAUUCCCAGCUGGCUUGCAUGAUGAACGAGAACAGCAUAGAUUACAUAUCUCGUUUUAAUGAUCUUGCCCAGGAACUAUCGAUACCUGAGCCAACCCGCAGGGAGAUCCUGUUUGAUGGAGGAGGUGGUGGUCCCCCAAUCGGGGAUCUCUCACAGUGAGUGUGUGAGACCAGCAGGCUGGUGUAGACUGUUCAGCUAAAGCUGGAGCUUGCAGCGCUGGAUCACGGCAAGGGCAGGUUGUAGAAAAGCAACUAAGGCUCAGUUGUCCCCAUCUUGUGCGCUUCUAUCUUACAGAGAAGUAUUGCCUUCAAAGGUCUGAAGAAGUACUUGCAGGUCCCGGAAUGUGCAAUAUACUGGGAACAAAAGAACAUGGAAUAGUGCUACAGAAAACAGUGUAUCCCCUGCAUCCGUGAGACAAGAUGGCAGAUUCAUGGGACAGUCCUAGACUUGUACUUUGGAAUAGCCUAAGAUGCUUAAGCAGGGAAGGAUGUUGCCAGAAGCUCCCCCAUGUGAAUUAUUUUUUUGCAUAGUAAUCAAAUGCCACAAUUUUGGAUCCACGUUGAAGUUGUGGAGCACGAAGGGUGGGCCUGGAUCCAGGAAACAUUUUGCAUCUUGAUGACGUCCUAGAUGACACCUUUUAUCAGUCAGUUAAACCGAAGUUUCUUGCGCUCUCUUCAGAGGUGCUGUGACUCUACGAUGCUUUGUUUUUGUAGACAUUGUUUCUUUGGCUGUGUUUUGUUGUUUGACCAUUCCAGCAGGGGCACGUACCUCUUGUUUUUGUAGGGGAGCUCUCAUUCACCCCACUCCCCAACUGCAUGGAUCUCUGGGGAGUUUCCUCUAUUUUUAGACCCCAUCACAUGUCACAAUCCUAAUCAUCCUCACUGCACUCAUGUUCUUCACCUUU